CAGGUGACGAUGGACCUCUCUCCGAGCGGGGCUGAUGCGACAGCCGACAGCCGUUUUCCCAGAGCGCUCUUUCCACCAUGACAAAACCCAGUACAUCGAAUCAUGCCAGGACUCCUAGAUCUUCCCAAUGAACUUCUCUUCGAUAUCAUCCGUUAUGUCGACUCUUCGCCAUACGUUUCAAGUCCCAAUCAGAAGCGCUACAGGCCGGGACCGCAAAGUCGAGCCGUCGUGUGUUUCCCGACUAUAGAUGCUUCAUGGCCCAGCCACACACGUAACUUGCUAUUCGUAUGCAAAAAGCUGCAUUACGAAGCAGAUUUCUACUUCUCAAAAGCGCCGCGGGCAUUCGAGCUCGACAUAGCAAUCGUCAACAACCACUGGAUCUGGCCGACAUGGACGUACAUCCCAGGCACGAAGAUAGACUACGUGAUUGAAGACCUGAAAAUCAACCUCAUACACUGCUGCAGUGAGGAUGAGGACGAGAACGCGUCUUCUGUCACAGACUCUGCCAGUUGGGCCACCUCUCUCGAUUUCCUCGAGAUCAUCAGUCACUUUCUGCGCAGUGGUACUUCAACUAUGUCGUUUGAGGGGACUGACAUGCCGAAACGCAACCCGAACUUUCGCGUCAAGACUAUCACUAUCAAUGUCGAUACUGCGAGUAUUCGCAAGGGCAAUGAAAAGCUCAGCGAAGAGGACGUCCCGUUUCGACAGGUCCAGGGCCUGGGGCAUCUCACAUUCGAUCCUCUGUACUAUAUCGAAACGGACACCUGCCUGGAUAAUUUAGAUAGAUUGUUCAAUUUUGUCCUUGUGGCAGUAUCUCGCUUGGACCACGGUCUGCCCAUUCGUGAGCGUGUGGAUUGGAUGGUCUUUAGUGCGGACGGACUUACUAGGAGCGCGAUCAGUAUCGCAAAGAUCAAAUCGACUAUGGACGAGACGAGGAUUGCAGAAGACAGGACUAGGGAGUCCGUAUGA